UGAAGUCAUUGCCGGCAAGUCGUGAGCCUGCCUGGGUUGCGCCUGCGCAGUGCCGUACUCGGCCAGGUUUUUUUCCUGCGCCCGUUUCUCGUUGUGCGGAGAGUUAAAUCUACGCAACCAUGAGUGGGACACUGGCAAAGAUCGCCGAGAUAGAGGCCGAGAUGGCCAGGACCCAGAAAAAUAAAGCCACAGCACAUCACCUGGGGCUGCUAAAGGCCCGUCUGGCUAAACUGCGACGAGAGCUGAUCACACCAAAGGGAGGCGGAGGAGGUGGCCCCGGAGAAGGGUUUGACGUUGCAAAGACGGGAGAUGCUCGAAUUGGUUUUGUGGGAUUUCCAUCUGUGGGAAAAUCUACCCUUCUAAGUAACUUGGCUGGUGUUUACUCUGAAGUUGCAGCCUAUGAAUUCACAACGUUGACCACAGUCCCUGGAGUCGUACGAUAUAAAGGAGCCAAAAUUCAGCUUCUGGACUUGCCAGGAAUCAUUGAGGGAGCAAAGGAUGGAAAGGGCAGAGGUCGACAGGUUAUCGCAGUGGCACGAACAUGCAACCUGAUUCUAAUUGUUUUGGAUGUGUUGAAACCAUUGGGUCACAAGAAGAUCAUUGAGAAUGAACUGGAGGGAUUUGGAAUUAGAUUGAACAAAAGACCACCUAACAUUGGAUUCAAGAAGAAGGACAAAGGAGGAAUAAACCUUACAGCUACUUGUAUUCAGUCAGAACUAGAUUUUGAGACGGUGAAGAGUAUCUUAUCAGAAUACAAGAUUCACAAUGCAGAUAUUACUCUGCGCAGUGACGCAACUGCUGAUGACCUUAUUGAUGUGGUGGAAGGGAACAGAGUUUAUAUUCCCUGCAUCUAUGUGUUAAACAAGAUUGACCAAAUCUCACUGGAAGAGCUGGAUAUCAUUUACAAGGUGCCACACUGCGUGCCAAUCUCUGCUCAUCACCGUUGGAACUUUGAUGACCUUCUAGAAAGAAUAUGGGACUAUCUUCAGCUAGUGCGGAUUUACACUAAACCCAAGGGACAGCUGCCAGAUUAUUCUUCUCCUGUGGUGCUGCCUGACUCACGCACUGCCGUGGAAGAUUUCUGUACCAAGAUCCACAAGAACUUGAUAAAAGAGUUCAAAUAUGCUCUUGUUUGGGGAACAUCAGUGAAACACAACCCCCAAAAAGUUGGCAAAGAUCAUGUUAUGGAGGAUGAAGAUGUUAUACAGAUUGUGAAGAAAUAAAUAGCUUGUUCUCCGUAUAUGUGUGCAACCAAUGAAUAACUCCUAAUGUAGACCUUUGCAAGUCAUCUUAUUACCUGUAAAUAUUUCACACACACACACAAUGUCAAUAAAUGCUUACUUCUCA